AUGUUUCCCUGUCAUGGAGUGGCUACUGCAAAUCCUCAUCUGCCUGGUGCUCUUGCUGCAAACAGCUAUGGUUCUCCCACGAGGCCAUCUUUUUACCCUAGCGCGGCGUUUCUGAGACUGCAGGGCCCUGCAUUUCGUCAUGAGAAGAAAUCCUUGGCUUUGAGAGAUCUUCGUAUGAUAAGAAAUUUCUUCCUUUCAGCUGGUGCGGAUUUUCACCGUUAUGCGAUACCUUCAUUCUUUGCAAAGUAUAAUCCUGUCAAGGGCAUCAAGCCACUACUGUCAUCCCCCAAAUUGAAACCAAGAACUCAAGUUGGUUGCCAAGCAUCUCUGUCGCCGUUGAGCUACCCUGAGUUAUCUUCCAAACCAAAAUGGUGGUGGAGGACCCUAGCAUGUGUAUCUUAUCUUCUGCCACUGCACAACAUGUGGGGACAUGCAGAUGCUAUCUAUCAGCUUCAUCCAUACUUGCAAAGAUUCAGCCUACCUUAUGCCUUCAUUGAUACAAUGGCUCUACUCCCUGGGUGGCUUUUCCUAGCGAUCUUCAUGACCAUAUACUUCUUUGUUGUGAGGCGGAAGUGGUCGCCGCACUUCUUGCGGUUUCACAUCAUAUUGGCUAUCCUGCUUGAUACGGGCUCACAAGCUCUGGCCACUGCUUGCAACUGGAAUCCAAGCAUUGUUUUUCAGGGUAAACAAAUGGCAUAUUUCUGGAUGACAAUGGCCUUCAUUCAGAUCUUCACAGUUGUUGAGUGCAUGAGGUGUGCACUUUCAGGGGUGUAUGCAAAUAUUCCAUUUAUAUCUCAUGCAGCAUUCAUCCAUUCAGAUCUUAACCUGUUCAGGUAG